GCCCCGCUGCUCGGGGCGGGCGAGGCCCGGGGCGGGGGCUGCUGCUCGGGGCCGGGGCACAGCAAGCGGCGGCGGCAGGGGGGGCCCGGCCCGGGCAGCAGCCCCGAGCGGGACGAGGCCGGUGGCGGCGCCGGCUGUAACAGCGAGGACGAGUACGAGACGGCGGCGGCCCGCGGGGAGAGCAUGGACCCGGCCACCGUGGAGCAGCAGGAGAACAGGUUUGAGAAGUCGCUGCGGGAGAAGAAAGGUUUCAUCAUCAAGCAGAUGAAGGAGGACGGGGCUUGUUUAUUCCGGGCUGUGGCUGACCAGGUCUAUGGAGACCAGGACAUGCACGAAGUGGUCCGGAAGCACUGUAUGGACUACCUGAUGAAGAACGCCGAUUACUUCUCCAACUACGUGACUGAAGAUUUCACCACCUACAUCAACCGGAAGCGGAAAAACAAUUGCCACGGCAACCACAUUGAGAUGCAGGCCAUGGCGGAGAUGUACAACCGGCCUGUGGAGGUGUAUCAGUACGGCACAGAGCCCAUCAACACCUUCCACGGCAUCCAGCAGAACGAGGACGAGCCCAUCCGGGUCUCCUACCACCGCAACAUCCACUACAACUCCGUGGUGAACCCCAACAAGGCCACCAUCGGCGUGGGGCUGGGGCUGCCUUCCUUCAAGCCAGGGUACGCGGAGCAGUCGCUGAUGAAAAGCGCCAUCAAGACGUCGGAGGAGUCGUGGAUCGAGCAGCAGAUGCUGGAGGACAAGAAGCGAGCGACCGACUGGGAGGCCACGAACGAGGCCAUCGAGGAGCAGGUGGCCCGAGAGUCCUACCUGCAGUGGCUGCGGGACCAGGAGAAACAAGCCCGACAGCCCCGGAAAGCCAGCGCCACCUGCAGCUCGGCCACGGCGGCGGCGACCAGCGGGCUGGAGGACUGGAGCAGCCGCUCCCCGCGCCAGCGCAGCUCGGCCCCGUCCCCCGAGCACCCCGACCUGCACGGCGAGAUCACCGCCCUGAAACCGCCCUCGCCGGGCACCGCCGCCGCCCUGGCGCUGCCCAAGCCGCCCUCGCCCUGCGCGCCAGGCACAAGCAGUCAGUUAUCGGCAGGAGGCGGCCGAGCGACCCCACCCUUAGUGUCCUUGUACCCAGCCCUGGAGUGCCGGGCCAUCAUGCAGCAGAUGUCGCCUACCGCGUUCGGUCUGACGGACUGGGACGAGGACGAGAUCCUGGCGUCGGUGCUGGCGGUCUCGCAGCAGGAAUACCUGGAGAGCAUGAAGGGCUCCCUGCACAGAGACAGCCCCGCCGACAAGAGUUGAUAGUGAAGGGAGCCCCCCGGCCCCCCGGCCCCCCGGCGCCGCACGGCUGGACGGAAACGCAGACCAAGGACCUGGGGAGAAAACCCAAGCGGCCGCGUGUGGCGUCGUCCCUUCUGCCGCCAGCCGGGGGCGCUGCCGGACCCCCCGCGGCGCUGGACAGGAGCGAGGGAGCCUGGGAAAAUACCCACCGUCCUUUGCUGCAGGCCAACCGUCUCCCCCCGCCCCCACCGCUCUGGGCCGGGGGGCUGGAGGCCGCAGCUGGAGCCGCUCUCAGGCUGGAUUUGGGGGGGUCUGCGAAGGGGGCGUCGGUCGGGGGCCUCCCUCCCCUCCCGCUGGAUUGGGGGUCGCAGCAGCCGCCCCUUCGCGCUGGGACCCCCUGGGCGGCGGCGGCUCAGAGUGCCCAGCUGGGGCCUGCGAGGCUGUAUGGAAAGGGGGGAGCACGCCAUGGCCCCCCCAUACACCCCCCGAUCUUCCCCUAGAGUCCUGCCCCUGACCCCCCGGGGGGCAGCCCCCCAGCCGCACGCCCCCGAGGAACACCCCAAUCUGCCCCCUCCCUUGGGGAGCCACAGGCCCGGGGGGGGGCUGGUGCCCCUCGCGAGUGACCCCUCUGGCCUGCCCAGGCCCUAGAGCCGGUUUGACCAGCUGUGAAAAGACCCCCCCCCGGCCCUGCUGGGGGUCCCUGGGCCCCCUCCCAGCAGCAUCCACCUGCCCCCCAAGUCUGGGCACUGGCUGCUCUGCCGCACCUGGCCAGGCGCGGGGGGGGGGGGGGGGGGUUAAAGGCCCCCGGGGCACGGGAGCUGCUGGUUAAUUCCCCCCCCCAAGUGACACCCCACGCCAGGGUCUGAUAAAAACGGGGGCUGCUAGAGGGGGGGCCUCCGGACUGGGGGGCCCGAGACACAGGAUAAGGCCCCCUGUUGUGCUGCCCCAGAGCUGCUAUGGGGGGGGUCACCGGGCUGCCAGAGAUGGGGGCCCCGACCGGCCAGGUCCUGCCCAGGAGACAGACCCCCCCAGCGCACGUGCUGCCCCCAACACCACAUGGGAUCGGGGCCCGGUCGAGCCCCCCACGGCGCCCGGGGCACAGACGCAGCGAGAGACGGUCCCGGCCCCCCCAAAACAGCUUCCAACUUAAAGAAAUUGAAUUGAUUGUU